AUGCAGGCUCAUGCUAUGUCUAUGAUUUUAUCUUUUAUAAUAUUCGGUUCUACAGGUAUUUUUAUUGCACGUUAUGGACGUUCACUACGUAUUGGAUCUAGCAGACAAUUACUUGGCAAAGCUGUUUGGUUUCAAAUACAUCGAUUUCUUCUUUCCAUAUCGACUUUAUUAACACUUCUGGGCUUCUUUUUUAUUCUUGUCAAAGCUCGUGGUGAAUGGGUAAAUCCUGAGUUAUAUGGUUUACGCUUAUUUGUUCAUUCAAUAUUAGGUGGUAUAAUUAUAUGCUGUGCUAUGAUACAAAUAUGGUUAGCAUUAUAUCGUUGCAAUCCUCAUAGUCGAUUUCGUUUUAUUUUUGAUUGGACUCAUCGUAUCACUGGUUUAUUAGCUUUUAGUCUGUCAAUUCCAACGAUAUUUCUCAUCAUAUCUCUGUUACCAAGGUAUCGUACUGUUCUCAUUACAGCUAUUUCACUUUGGACUGCCUGGAUAGUCAUCGUCGUUAUAAUCUGUGAAGUAAUUGAAUAUCAAAAACGAGUAUCUCCAUUACCAAUGACAAACAAUGCUCAACAAAAUGGUACAAAUCAGGAGAAUAUUAAUGUGAAUGCACGAUUAGAUAUUGAAGCAGCUACGCAAAUGAAUGUUGGUAGUCAAUAUUAUAAUAAAAAAAAAUUACUUUUACUUAUCAUUCAUAUUAUUAUUAGUAUUAUUCUUUCUGUAUUACUCAUUGUACAUAUUUCUAAAUAA